AGUGGAGGGAGAAGCAAGCACAAGCACUCCUCCUGAAGCAGGAACAGCAGCAGCAGCAGCAGCAACAGCAGCAGGAGAAAUGGCAUGGCGAUAGUAACCAGGAGGGUAACCAGGAGGGAGAACAGGACGCAGCAGCAACAUCAGGCAGCGGAGCAUCUGUCCCCUCUAUAGCGUUCUCCCCUAAGCGCCCCCCUGCUGCUGUGGCUGCUGAGAAAGUGGCUAAGCUGAUGGCUGCUGCAGCUGAGAGGCAGGCCCGGGAAGCAGCACAGAUCGCAUCUGCUGCUGCUGCUGCUGCUGCUGCUGCUGCUGCUGCUGCUGCUGCUGCUGCUGCUGCUGCUGCUGCCGCUGCUACCGCUUCUGCUGUUGGUGAUGACUCUGCUCCUGACGCUGCUGCUGCUGAUGCUGCUGUUGCUGAUGCUGCCGAUGCUGCUGCUGCUGCUGCUGCUGCUGCCGGGGAAGUUAGCAUUGUUGCUGCAGCUGGUGCUGGUGCCGGGAAAGGUGUGAAUGUAAGAGUGGUGGGAGUGGCGGAUGGGUUGAUUAGCAUUGUUGCUGCAGCUGGUGCUGGUGCCGGGAAAGGUGUGAAUGUAAGAGUGGUGGGAGUGGCGGAUGGGUUGAGUUUUGAGACGUGUCAAAACUCGAAAGGUGUGAAUGUAAGAGCGGUGGGGGUGGAGGAUGGGUUGAGUGAGGAGGACGCAGCUCUGCACCAGUCGCUGCUGAACCUCAUCAAAGCAUACUCUGUGUGUGACCCGGACACGUGGUACUGCAGUGGCAUGGGGUGGAUGGCGCUCACGCUGCUCUCCCUCAUGGCGGAGGAAGAUGCCUUCCUCUCCCUCCUCUUCCUCAUGCACCGCUGCGGCCUCCGAGGGCUCUUUGCACCCAACAUGCACCAGGUGGGUGCGGCUGAGAUGAAAGAGAGGGAAAGGCACCUCUUUGCACCCAACAUGCACCAGGUGGGUGCGGCUGAGAUGAAAGAGAGGGAAAGGCACCUCUUUGCACCCAACAUGCACCAGGUGGGUGCGGCUGAGAUGAAAGAGAGGGAAAGGCACCUCUUUGCACCCAACAUGCACCAGGUGGGUGCGGCUGAGAUGAAAGAGAGGGAAAGGCACCUCUUUGCACCCAACAUGCACCAGGUGGGUGCGGCUGAGAUGAAAGAGAGGGAAAGGCACCUCUUUGCACCCAACAUGCACCAGGUGGGUGCGGCUGAGAUGAAAGAGAGGGAAAGGCACCUCUUUGCACCCAACAUGCACCAGGUGGGUGCGGCUGAGAUGAAAGAGAGGGAAAGGCACCUCUUUGCACCCAACAUGCACCAGGUGGGUGCGGCUGAGAUGAAAGAGAGGGAAAGGCACCUCUUUGCACCCAACAUGCACCAGGUGGGUGCGGCUGAGAUGAAAGAGAGGGAAAGGCACCUCUUUGCACCCAACAUGCACCAGGUGGGUGCGGCUGAGAUGAAAGAGAGGGAAAGGCACCUCUUUGCACCCAACAUGCACCAGGUGGGUGCGGCUGAGAUGAAAGAGAGGGAAAGGCACCUCUUUGCACCCAACAUGCACCAGCUCAACACGCGCCUCUCGCGGCUUUCCCAGUUCCUGGCGGAGUCCAUGCCUCUCCCACACAGCUCUAAGCUCACUCUCAACACGCGUCUCUCCCAGCUCUCCCAGUUCCUGGCAGAGUCCACACCUCGCCUGCAUUCUUUCUUCGAGGACCUGCAGCUUAAACCCAGCAUGUAUGCAGCGGAUUGGCUGCUCUCCCUAUUUGCCCGCCACAUGCCGCAGUACCUCGUGUAUCGCGUCUUCGACAUCGUGCUCGGUAUGUGCCUCGUGUGGUGUGCUGUGUGCCUUGUGUGUUGCCUUGGACGCAAUGUGUCCCUCUUCGCCCGCCACAUGCCGCAGUACCUCGUGUAUCGCGUCUUCGACAUCAUGCUCGCUGAGAAGACCAUGUCAGUUGUGUUCAAGCUCGCUAUAGUGCUGCUGCAGGCACCUCAAAAGUUGUCUCCCACUGCCUAUUUCUUCGCACUCUUAUGCUCUUCUCCCCUCCGCCUCUUCUCACUCUUAUGCUCUUCUCCCCUCUGCCUGUUAUCUUCUCCCCUCCGCCUCUUCUCACUCUUAUGCUCUUCUCCCCUCUGCCUGUUAUCUUCUCCCCUUCUGCCUGUUAUCUUCUCCCCUCUGCCUGUUAUCUUCUCCCCUCUGCCUGUUAUCUUCUCCCCUCUGCCUGUUAUCUUCUCCCCUCUGCCUGUUAUCUUCUCCCCUCUGCCUGUUAUCUUCUCCCCUCUGCCUGUUAUCUUCUCCCCUCUGCCUGUUAUCUUCUCCCCUCUGCCUGUUAUCUUCUCCCCUCUGCCUGUUAUCUUCUCCCCUCUGCCUGUUAUCUUCUCCCCUCUGCCUGUUAUCUUCUCCCCUCUGCCUGUUAUCUUCUCCCCUCUGCCUGUUAUCUUCUCCCCUCUGCCUGUUAUCUUCUCCCCUCUGCCUGUUAUCUUCUCCCCUCUGCCUGUUAUCUUCUCCCCUCUGCCUGUUAUCUUCUCCCCUCUGCCUGUUAUCUUCUCCCCUCUGCCUGUUAUCUUCUCCCCUCUGCCUGUUAUCUUCUCCCCUCUGCCUGUUAUCUUCUCCCCUCUGCCUGUUAUCUUCUCCCCUCUGCCUGUUAUCUUCUCCCCUCUGCCUGUUAUCUUCUCCCCUCUGCCUGUUAUCUUCUCCCCUCUGCCUGUUAUCUUCUCCCCUCUGCCUGUUAUCUUCUCCCCUCUGCCUGUUAUCUUCUCCCCUCUGCCUGUUAUCUUCUCCCCUCUGCCUGUUAUCUUCUCCCCUCUGCCUGUUAUCUUCUCCCCUCUGCCUGUUAUCUUCUCCCCUCUGCCUGUUAUCUUCUCCCCGCCUUUCCCCUCCCGUAGUGCCGGUAAUGCCUGCACCGCACUGCCUGCACCGCCUGCACUGCCUGCUCUGCCUCUGGAACUCAAUCUCCUCCCCGACAGGGAAGAGGAGGAGCUGGUGUCCAAGGCACUGAGGCUCCUCCCGGACAGGGAAGUGGAGGAGCUGGUGUCCAAGGCUCUGAGGGUGCGCCUGCCAUUUGAGAGCGUGCUGCGGCUGGAGGCAGAGUACGACCAGCUGGCGGGGGAAGCGGCAGUGGCGGCACAGGAGGUGCAGGCAGCAGCAGAGGCGAGUGAGGUGGCUGCAGAGUCGUGGGAGCGCGACAGGCAGGAGAUGGAGGGGGAGCUGCUGCACGCGCUCGAGCUACUGGGUUCAUCCCAGACAUACCUCUCGGCGCUCUUCGCUCACUUCAAGGCUGUGCAGGCCCGUGCCGGCCCCACCAGACAGCUCAGCGCUGCUGCUGCUGGUGCUUCCAACCCUGAUCAGACAGGUCCUCAAGCUGCUGCCCCUCAAACUCACCCAGUCUCGCUUCCCUCAGACUCCAAAUCCUUCUCCCUUCCCGACCUCCCACCUCUUCCCGAGCCUCCGACUCCUCCCGAACCUGCCCAGCCUCGGCCGCUGGUGGUUCGGAUCCCGGGCCUGGAGCCCGGAGCUGACAUCAGCAGCAUGUCCACCGCCGCUUUGCUAAGCGCGGUGGCGACGCUUAGGAAGCAGAGGGCAGCAGCGGAGGCGGCACUUAUGGCAGCAGAGCAGCAGCUUAUGGAGUGUAUCAGGAGUGAUAAUGCAGCGAUUGAUGCAUGCCUGAGGGGGCAGGCUAUGAGGGCGAGGAAGCGGCAGUUGGUUGGGCGCAAGGGAAGUGGGUCUGCCAAUCCCGUGCUGCCAGGUGGCUUUCUGGCGCAUCUGUUCCGAGGGACAUGCUGCGAGUGCGGACAGCCGUCAGCCUCGUCCUCCCGCCUCGUUCCCUUCUAUGAGCUCGAAUUGCCCUUGCACACUCCAGCACAAUCAUCAGCACCACCAGCAGCGCCUCCCCAGAAGAAGGGACCUCUCAAACGCAAGGCCAAGGGAGGAGCAGCAGCGUCAGCAGCAGCAGCAGCAGCAGCAGCAGCGGCAGCAGCAGCAGCAGCAGCAGCGGCGGCAGCAGGGGAGAGGGCCGGUGUGUCAGUGCAGCAGUGUCUUGAGCGUUACACAGCAGAGGAGCGGCUGGAGGGUGGUAACCAGAUGUGCUGCGAGCAGUGUGGGCGGAAAACGGACGCCACAAGGAGGGUGUGCAUUCGCGGCGUGCCGCCCGUGCUGAACCUGCACCUCAUGCGCUUCGUAUUCGAUGCUAAGACGAUGAGCAAGAAGAAAGUCACAUCAGGGGUGCGCAUUCCUCUCACUCUCGACCUCUCACCGUACGUUCAACCUAGUGUUGAUUCCUUCAAAGAAGCAGGCGGGCCUCUGGCAGAAAAACCUGCAGAAGCAGCAGCAGCAGCAGCAUCAGUAAGGGCAGGAGGGGAAGGGGUUGGAGGAGGGGUGGGAGGAGCAGGGGUAGAGAGUAAAGCAGGGGGGUGUGCUGCCGGUGAUGAAAAUCCAAGGGUAGGGAAGCGAGGCGGUAGGAGGAUUGGAGAUAGAGGGGAAGAGUCCAGGCAAUGGGGCGGAGGAAAGAGGCGAGGUAUUGCAGCAAGAAGGGGAGGAAGAGGAGGAGGGGAAGAAGCGGGAGAAGGAAAGAAAGAAGUGGGAGAAGGAAAGACAGAAGCUGGAGAAGGAAAGGCAGAAACAGGGGAAGGAAAAGCAGAAGCAGGAGAAGGAAAAACAGAAACAGGGGAAGGAAAGACAGAAAUAGGAGAAGAGCAAAGAACAGCAGAAGAUGCAGCGGAAGCUAGUCAGAAGACGUCCGAGCCUCCUAGACCUAGUCUUAAGUACCAGUUAGUAGCGAUUCUGCAGCACAAGGGCAGCCAGGCGUCGUGCGGGCACUAUGUGGCUCAUGUGAAGGACGUGCGGAGUGGGCAGUGGUGGCUUUUUAACGACGAAGAGGUGGUGCGACUGGGCCGACACCCCAUGGGGGAGGAGAAAGGUGGGAAGAAGGGGGAGGGGAAGGGGGAGGGGAAGGGGGAGGGGAAGAAGGCUGAAGUGGGGACUGAGAAAGGGGCUGUUGAGGUGUCUCGAGACGCGCAUGUGAAGGACGUGCGGAGUGGGCAGUGGUGGCUUUUUAACGACGAAGAGGUGGUGCGACUGGGCCGACACCCCAUGGGGGAGGAGAAGGGGGAGAAGGGGAAUGAAAAGAAAGUUGCGAAGGGUGCUGAGAAGGGGGUUGAGGAACGGGUUUUUGAGGUGUCUCAAAGUGCAAAGGGUGAGGUGAAAGGUACUGAGAAAGGUGCUGAAACCUUGGCCUUUGAGCCGUCUGAGAACGCAAUGUUGUUGAAGGGGAAGGUGGCUGAAAGGGUAGGAAUGCAGCUGGUUGGGGAGGCGGUGGGGUGCGCAGAGAGGAAUGGCAGGGAUAAUGACACCCCACUCUGCGAUGAAGGCGGUGGAGGUGAAAGGACAGGAGCAGGAAGAGAUGAAGCAGGGGCAUCAGCAGGGGAGAUAGAGACAACAAGAGAAGUGGGGGCAGCAGGAGAAGAAGUAGGAGAAGCAGGGAAAGGGACAGCAGGGGCAGUAGGGGAAGGAGCAGCUGGGGUAGGGGCAGCUGGGGUAGGAGCAGCUGGGGAAGGAGCAGCUGGGGAAGGAGCAGCUGGGAAAGGAGCAGCUGGGGAAGGGGCAACAAGAGAUAAGUCUGAUGGGACUGGUAGGCGGGUUGGGUGUGAUGAUACGACUGACUUGACUGGUGGGAAGAGCGAGGGGACUCCAGAUGUCUGUGACCCUCAUCCGAUUGAUCUUGACGAGGGAAUCAACAACACUGAUGGCACUGGCCCUCAGUCCUUUCAGGGCCCUGAAAGGACUGACCCUCAUCCGAUUGACCUUGAUAGCACUGACCCUCAGGGGAAUGACCCCCAUCGGGUUGACCCUCAUGGCGCUACUGACCCUGAUUUGAUUGACCUUGAUGGGAUUGACCCUGUUUCAAUUGACUUGGAUCGGAUUUUAGACGACGUAGAUGCGAAGAAGCGUCACCCACCUUCGCUUGGUCCGCAGAAGCGUCGCCGAGUGGGCCGACAACGAGGCCCCGAGUCGUUUCUCAAGGCCGCUCCUGAGAUUCCACCUGAAGAACCACCUGAGUGCCCUGGCAAGGCGCCUCUGAAGAAGCAGAUCUCGUUGCUGGCGGAUUCCGUUGCUGCUCCACCUGGAAAAGCACCUGUAAGGCAACGGCGAUCCGCGUCCCAAGCUCAACAUGUGACAGCAACAAGCAAGAAGCCAGAGGCGGUUUGUAACGGUGUGCAUGGUGCGGAGAGUGGUGGUGGGGAGUGCGGGCCGGGUGGUUCCAGGAAAGGGGGGACUGCAGUGAACGGUGGUCGAGAGGGGCUGGGGGAAGUGGGGGGAGAGGAGGUGACGUCAGCAGAUGCAUACAUGCUGAUAUACGUGCGGGAGGGCUUUGGGGAGGGUUGUGGGAAGGUUGCUGAUAUACAUGCUAAGGGGGUAGCUGCUAGAUUAGCAGCGGAUGCAGGUGGUUUGGAGUGUGAGGGGGCUGAUAUGGGGGAUGCGAACUCACGUGAACCAACAGCAAAAGCACCUGAUGUGGCUGUGAAGGCACCUGAAACAACAGCAGCAGCAUCUGAUGAGGCUGUCCAAGCACCUGAAACGACUGCAGAAGCACCUGAUGCGGCUGUUAAAGCACCUGAAACGACUGCAGCAGAAGCACCUGACGCGGCUGUUAAAGCACCUGAAGCCAGUGCGGGAGCAGCUAAGAAAGAAAAUGUAUUUUUCCUGGGAGGUGACAAUGUCCCUCUGCCCCAGUUCCUCUUAGACGAGGUGACUAAAACGAAUGCAGCUUUUCGGCAGCAGUGUGAGGAGCAGAGGCGAUGGGACGAGGAAACGAGGAAGGGAGUCGAGGAGAGGAGGAGUGAGGUGCGAAACGUGCUCUCUCUCAUGCCUGGCGGCCGUAGGGAGGAGGGGAAUCGAGUACUGGAGGCUGAUGGUGUGGGAGGGGAAGCAGAGGAGAAGGGCGACGCAGAGGGGGGAGAAGAGGAUGAGUUCUUUUGGAUCAGCACCGAGUGGCUCAAGGCGUGGGCUGAUAGCGAGGAUUUGCCAGGUCCCAUUGACAACACCCCUCUCCUGUGCCCUUCUCACGGCCUGGUACCACGAGCCUGCCUGCCUCUCAUGAAGCGUGUGUCGCCUGUCGCAUGGGCCAUGCUGGUCUCCCAGUACGAAGGUGGUCCGGCCCUCUCCCAGGCAGCAUGCUGCUCGGAGUGUUUGAUCGCAGAGGCGCUGGCAGCAGUAAGUGCGGGGAGAGCCAACGCAACUCUCACCCUCUUCCCGC